AUGGAGGACGAACUGGACUUUUGCCAGUCGGGAUUCGACCUGAACUCCCUCACAGUCCCCCGUCUACGCUCUAUCCUCGUUAAUAACGAUAUUCCCUACCCUGCCUCGGCGAAAAAGGCCCAACUGGUCCGCAUUCUGGAAGAUGAGGUCCUCCCGCAAGCAAGAAAGCUCCUACGGGAUCGCGAACGUGUGAGGAGGACAAGUGCAGGCAUCACCGAUAUGAGCAGUCGCUCUACUUCCGUCGCCAGUGAUGAGGAGGAAGAACGCGAUUCCGUGCCUCCACCGCGGACGCCAUCAACGGUAGCAUCGACAACCCGACGCGGCGGCGCACGACGAAGUACUCGCGCAUCGACCGCAGAUACUGACGAAAAUCUGGCACCGGCUACACCCGCGACUGCUACGAAGCGACGAAGCGCCGUUCCGCGCUCAGUUGGUAAGCACCCACGUGUCUCCGACACGGAAACCGGCGACGACACUUUAGCAACUCCCGUUGUGGCAAUCAAUUCGCCACGCAAGUCUACAGCAAGGAAGAUACGACGCAGUGAGGCACCGGUGCUUCCUUCCACGGAGAUCGAUGAAACUACACCUGUGAAGGCGGAGCCCCGGGAUGGAAAUCCCUUCACUGACGACAAUCCCUUCCAAAGCGGAAGUCCCUCCGAUAGCCUGCGGGACAGGACUUCAAGUUAUGAUGGAAAGCGAAAGAGUGGUGGGCGAUUGUCUACGGAUAGUCCGGCGAGGAGCGGCUUGCGGUCUAGGAAGUCGGCUACUCCUACCAAUUUUAAGCAGGAGAAUGGCAUUAAGGCCCCCACAAGAGCUUCGUUUGACUUUGCUUCUCGCUUGCAGCCUCCCCAGGAAGAACCCGAGGAAUCUGAAGAAGAGGAGGGGGAGGAAGAGGACUAUGAGGAGAAUGAAGUUGGUAUCAGUGAAGAGUUCACUCCAGAAGAACAGCUUGCCAUGGAGACGGAGCAAUACGCGCCACUUACACAAGUCCGUAAGCGCAAGCAGAAGCAGGGACCCACCAGCAUCUUCGCCUCGUGGUUCGUGAUUCUUAGUAUUCUUGGAGGCUUUGGUGCUUGGUGGCGCAAAGAGAAAAUUGAGAUUGGUUUCUGCGGUCUUGGAAAACCCACCUGGUCCCUAGCAGAGACCAAUGUCCCGGAAUGGGCCAAUGUUCUGGAGCCGCAUUGCGAACCAUGCCCGCCUCAUGCCUUCUGUUACCCGGAAUUCGAGGCUCGUUGCGAGCACGAUUUCCUUCUUAAGCCACACCCUCUCUCGUUGGGUGGAAUCAUUCCACUUCCCCCGACCUGUGAAGCCGAUAGCGAAAAGGCACGCCGUGUCAAGGCUGUCGCUGAUAAGGCUGUGGAAGAGCUUCGUGAUAGACGGGCUAAGUGGGAAUGUGGUCAGCUCCAGGAAGAUGGGAAGGACGCGUCUCCUGAAAUUCCCGAGCCCAAGCUCAAGGAGGAAGUUGCGAAGAUGCGCCGCAAGGGCCUCAGUGACACCGAAUUCGAUGACCUCUGGAAAGGAGCUAUUGGUGAAAUCCUUGAUAAGGACGAAGUUAUCAGUAAAACUGAGCAACAUUCCGCCGUCCUCGUCCUCACUUCAACAUCCACUGCCCGACUCCCACUCACUUGCGCCGCCCGCCGUUACGUCCGACUCGCUCUCCUCGCGUAUCGACUUCCUCUUUCAUUUCUAGUUUUGGGCCUCGCGGGUCUAGCUUAUGCUCGUGCUCGGGUUCUUGCCCGCCGCAAAGACAUCGCUCGUGUACCCGAGUUAGUGGCCACAAGCCUUGACCGACUCGCAACGCAAGCUGCACUCCACGCACGCGGGGGAGCAAUGGAGCCUUACAUCCCCAUCGGUCAGAUGCGGGACGAUGUUCUCCGCUCUGAGUUACACGGAAAACGGCGUGAAGAACUUUGGCGCCGCGUGCAGCGCAUUGUAGAAGGCAACGCUAACGUCCGAGCCGCCGUACGCGAAGGUCGUAGCGGCGAUGUUGCGCGGUCUUGGGAGUGGAUUGGUGGCAUAGGAGGUGUUGGGGUGAACGGCGACGACCUCGAAGGUAGCGCCCGUCGUAACAGUGCACGGUUUUCCUUGUCUUCCCCCUCCCAUAACGCCGAUGCGGGCCAUCACACGCCUUCCGAUGCCAAGGAAGAAUCUGCAGCAAGCCCUAGACAAUCACGCCGUUGGAACGAAGGCCGUGCAAUCUACUAA